AUGGGGAAGUGUCAGUCCAAGCACGCCGCCGCAGCCCCCCAGCGGAGAGAGAGCCCCGAAGGGGACAGCUUCGUGGUGUCCGCGUUCGCGAGUGGCCGCAAAGGCACGGAGGACGCAGAGCGCAACACCGGCAGCAAGCAGGAGCCGCCUGGCGGGGACCCGAAGGAGGGGCCUUUCUGGGAGGACCAGUGUCCCCUCGAGGUGGCGCUCCCCCCGGAGAAGGCCGAGGGCCGUGAGGCCACAGGACCGAUCUCCGGCGUGGUCGAUGGAGAGAGAGCAGCAAGCCGGGAGGGCCCACGAGGGCCGGGCAAGAAGCCCCUCAACAUCGAUGGGCUGCAGUGUGACGUCUCUGUGGAGGGGGACAGCCACCAGGAGUGGACGUUCACGCUCUACGGCUUCGACCACAGCGGCAAGGCCACCAGGGAGGACAUGUCCAGCCUGGUGCACACCAUCUACGAGGCCGUCGAUGCCUCCGUGAGCCACUCGUCUGGCAGCAGCAGGACCCUCCGUGUGAAGCUGACCGUCAGCCCUGGGUCUCCCAGCAAGAGGAAGGAGAGUCCCGCCACAGGCCAGGACCGGGAGCCCACUCGCUGCAGGACGGAGGCCGAGCUCACUGGAGACCCCGGGGGGGCCGACAAGAGGCCGUCCGCAUGCGCCAGGAGGCCCGGUGCCGACCCCCACCCCUGCUGCGAGCGCGGCCCGUACUGCGUGGACGAGAACACCGAGCGGAGAAAUCAUUACCUGGACCUGGCUGGGAUCGAGAACUACACAUCCAAGUUCGGACCUGGGGCCCCAUCGGCACAGGCUAAGCAGGAGCACCCAGGCAAGGCCACGCACCCCCAAAGCAGGUCCCGCUCCCAGGAGGCGGACACACACACUGCCCUCCAGCGCAGGUCCCAGGUGCUGGCCGACCACCCGCUGCCGGCCACAGAGCCCACUGUCAGGGCCCUGGACGUGCAGCCCCGGUUGAAGGGGCAGGAGAAGCAGCUUCUCAAGUCCCCCAGGGGCUCAGGGCGGCCACCUGGGGCACCAGGUGCAUGCAAGCCUGGGAGAGCCUUCGGCUACGCCCCGCCGGCUGCCCCGCCCCAGGCCCCCCAGGACGGCCACCGCCUCCCACAGCCCCCACCACAGCCCUACGGCCACAGGCGGUCCCGGCAAAAGAGCAGGGAAGUCCACUCUCCGCUCAAGGCAGCGCUCGGCCAGCCUGUGGCGCUGGAGCACGAGGUGGUGCGGGACCUGCCGCCCGUGCUGGUGGGGGAGGGCUAUGCGGUGCCCAUGGUCCAGCGCCACGAGCACCACCACCGCCACGAGCACCACCACCACCACCACCACCACCACGCAUCCUAG